AUGGAGUUGGGGAGGCAGGGGAGGGUCGGGCCGGCAGAGGAAGGGUGGGACGAGCCCGAGGAGGGCUCGGUGCGGCUGCGCUCCGUCUGUCCGUCUGUCGGUCUGUCCGCUCGGGGACCGGCGCUCCCGCGGUGCCACCGCAGCUCCGGAGCUCGGGAUGCGCUCUGGGAUGCGCUCCCGGCGCACCCGCACGGGCAGGAGGGGCAGGAGGGGCAGGAUGCGGUCCCAAGGCCACGGAACGCGGCCCCGCGGUCCCAGAGCCGCCUCUCCCCCGCCCGGGGCCGGGCGGGCACUCGGAAGCGGAAAACACCGCCCGGCCCUCGCCGUUGCCGGGCAGCGGCCCCGCUCCAAACCCGCUCCAAACCCCCUCCAAACCCGCUCCAAAGCCCGUCGGGACCUGCCGGGAGGCCCCGGGCGAUGGACGGGGAAGCCGCUGCUGCCUCGCAGGGGUCAGAACCCACCCAGACCCUGGACCAGCUCCGGGAGGAGCUGCGGAGAGCCAAGGAUGACCACAACAUGGCCACAGGUGCCAUCUCUUCCUUGCAAAGACAACUGGAGAUCCAAGAAUCUGAGCUUCGGAGAUUCAGAUACGAGAACAAAAUGCUUCAGAAGCAGCUCAGAGAGCGAGAAGAGCAGCUCCAAGCCAUGUCUGACAAGUUUUGCAGCCUUACAGAGGAACAGAGGAAGGAAGAAGUGAUGGUGAUGAUGGAGGAGGAGAACCACAGCCUUCGACAGGUUGUUACAGAACAGGAAUCCCAGCUGGCUAAGCAGGAGGAGCAGAUCAGUGAGUUAGAGGGGACGAUCAGACGGCUCCGGAUCGAGGUUGUGACCAGCCGCCGCCACGCCCAGGAGCACAAACAGGCCCAGGAGGAGACCAAGAGCCAGGUUGAGGCACUGCAGCACAAGGAGGUGCAAACCAAAGUGGCACUGGAACGCAUCAGCAGCAAGUUUGACAGGUUACGAAGCAAAAUAACCCAGGCUGCCUUCAGUGUGGAGGGGCAGGACCCCCCCCACGCCGAGCUCACGGAGGAGCAGGUGCUGGAGGCAUUGCAGAGAAUUGCUGACGAGCGGAUGGAGUUCUAUCACAUGCUGAAGCACAGAGACAUCAAGGUGCCCCUGUACUACCCCGGCAUGUACAGUUCAUCACCUCCCAAGAGGACAAGUUCUCCCCAAAUGGAAAAGCUGCCCUGAUGGCUGAGCCAGAAACCACCACCAACUUCAGGCUCUGGGUCCUUGGCUCUGAGCUGGUGACCUACAACAGAUUAAACUCAUUUCACUGAAAUCAUGUUCUGCAGGAGUAUCUGAUUCAAUUG